AUGUCUUCGUUUCCAGUUGAUCCCAAGGGAAUCUAUUUUGUUACCAUAGCAACUAUAUUGGGUACAGGAGUUCUAGGUCUCCCAGUGACACUUAGUAAAUCGGGAGUCUACCCAUUCCUUGUAUCUUUCCUACUGGGGUUCUUCUUCCAGGCCCUUCUGAUUGUGUUUUUCGUGGACCUUCUACAGCGAGCUCAUGCAGCACAAUUAUUAAAUAAAAAGGAGGAAGGAGCAGACUUUGAGGCAGUGCCACUGACAGAACUUGACUAUGACACAUUCUCUGAGGCAGAUGAUGAGACAGAAACUAGUGAUGCAGUACUAGCUGGCCAUGUUAUUCUUCCCAAAGAGAGUGAAGUGCAGGCUCCCAACCUUCAUCUGCUAGCUGAGCUGUUUCUGUGCUGUGGGAUGAGGCAGUUCUUUGAUCUAGUCAUUCUUCUACAAUUUAUUUCACUGCUGAUUUGCUAUGCAUUGGCUGGCAGUGAGGCCUAUGCUCAAGUCAUUGGAAUACCGUUUAUCUAUGUGAUUCCUGUAUUCUGUUGGGUGCUCACUGCAGCCAUUGUAUUUGCCUUACAACUCAUCCAGCCAAUAGUAUCCAUUCUUACAUUUGCCAAGGGGUCCCUGUUGCUAGGCACCGUGAUUGUGACAUUUAUUGUUGGCUCUGAGAUCCACCAUGAGAUUGAUAAUGAUUUCACGUACAUUGGGGCUCCUUUCCUCAUGGGAACAGUUGCAUUGGGUGGUGUGAUUAAUGUUAUGCCCAUGUUGUAUGGGAAGGUGGCCCCUGUCAGGUCCCAGGUGAGGGGAUUCAGAACAGCUGUUCUAGCAGGCCUAGGUACAUGUGCCAUACUCAAUAUACUCUGGUGCUGGUCAGUGUUGGAUAUAGUACCACAGUUAAACAGUUGCUUCUCAUACAACAUGAAGGAGAACAAUACAUUCCACAUAAUGACAGGACAAGCCACACAACAGAGGAUGCUCUGUUACCACAAUCUCAGUCUAGAAGAAGCUGAGAAAAAUGGAGAAAUCUCAACCAUUCCAUUGACAAAAAUUAUCCAAAGUUUGUAUCCGUCCUUUAGUUGGGUUGCCCUCCUGGUGGAGUUAUUCAUAAUGAUCAGUAUUACAGUGUCAUAUCUAACUAUAGGAGCUGCCUUACAUCAUACAUUGAGUGGUAUAGUCUCUUCAUUCUGGACAUCAUCUAACUCCAAAUAUUCCCCACAAUCAGGUAGAUGCAAAGGCUGCAGUAAGCAAUGCCUUGUUGCAUCUGUGCUGUCCCUGGUUGCAUUUACUUUGGUAUUCUGUGUUGCAAUGUAUAACCCAAAGAGUUUUGCAAUAGUAUUAGAGAAAGCAGUGUCCCUGUUGAUGAACCUUGAACAAGGCAUUCUUGUUUACUUUAUGAUAUGGACCUCCCUUAACACAGAAUACAUUAAGCUACGUAUCCCCCUCCCACUACCAAAGUGUGUCUACUACAUGUACCAUCUACUGCCUGUCUACUUUGGCUUUGCUGUUGCUUACGAUAUCUACGUCUCAACUCACGACAUAAUCUGGCCUCAAAUAACGCAAUAUAUUGAUGACUUUAUGACAGCAAACUUGACUAGAGGCAAUUUUACAACCACUGUAAGUGAAAUAAUGUCAAUCUCAACAAAUGCAAUGGCUAAAGACUCAACUUAUAGUCCAUUAGCAACAACUGAAAACUCAUCAAUUGUGACAUUGCAUUCACAGACACCAAUGCUUAUGACAAUGACAAACGUGUUAACAACAUUAACAAAUGGAGUGACAGCAUCAAUUGUGAAUUCUACAAGUCCAUGAUCUCAUAUUGAGGAUAGAACAUCACACUAACAGUGGUCAUGAUACAGUAUUAAUACGAUCAAGCGCAAUCAUUGACAAAUGGCCCUCACUUUCAAUUGUAUGGUGCUCUAAUUAUUCAUUUGCAAAUAAAGGGAAAAUGAGACAUAAAUUGCCAUGAUUAAAAAAUUUUUUUUUAGUUUUUUCUUAAGCUUUGAAAAGCUGCAAUUUUAAUAUUUCAGCACAAUUGGUAUUAUCGCUUUACCAUAUGGAAUAAUACUAGCAAUCUAUUCAACUCUAGGACUGACUUUCCCUUUAAAUAUAAUGUGGACCACUUCUUGAAUAAUCAUGCUUUAUAUCUCCUAUUACUAUCCAGUGGACAGUUUGAUAUUGAAACAGAUCUGUAGCUAUAUAUGUAAUAUGGAAUGCAGUUCUUUAAAGGAACAAACUAUGGCUGUGAAUCAAUGCUGUGAUUUCUAAUCUUUAACAUUACAUACAUGGAGUUUUCUGACAAUUUCAACUUAUUUAUUUAAACAUAGACGUGAUGGUUAAUUGAAUUCAAUAUUUAUACAGUGAAACCUGUGUAGUGGA